CGGCUCAGUCGCGCCGCGCCACACAGUCGUCUCGCACGCUGCAUCUACGCGUGCCUUCCAAAGGCGCACGCGCACGCGAUAACGACCCCCGCCGCUCCUCCUCACCGACACGUGCUCCAAGUGCUCAUGUAAUUAAAGAAGACCAACUCAACAUGCAAGAACAAAGUUCGUCGCGAUCAAGUAAAUCGACACUCAACUCUUUGGAAAGCGCUAUCAUCAAACUCAAGAACAAUCUACAAAUACAAGACAGCAAGACCACGGACAUGAAUAGUCUUCUGACCACUGACCCACCGUCACCGCAAUCGGAUACAAAAUCGAAUGCAAGUAAGAGUCCUAGUUCAUCCUCAUCUACAAACUUUAACUUAUCAAUAGCAUCCGCCGCGUUGUUACAAGAAAACAUGUUGCAACGAUCGCUUCAAGGCGUAGUUAUUUCCUUGCAAAAUGCAAUGAUGAAUUCUCUACAACAAGCCGCUCUGUUGCCUUCAAAUUCCGCAGCGGCGGCAGCACUGAACUUGCAAGCAUUGGAAUCAUAUUUGACUCUACAACGUUUGACAUCGGUGUCAUCUGUAAAUACUACAAGCCCGCCUACUUCCUCUGAUAAUAGCUCUUCAAAACAAGAUAUACUUAGGAUAGCCACAGCAAGUGCAAAGAUAAGUGAAGUUGAUGCUACGGAAAAUACAAAAGAGUUAUGUCCUAAAACUCCAGAAGAAUAUCCGUUAUCUGAUGCUAUAGCAGCUGAGGAUGUAGAUUUAUCAGAAGAAGUAGAGGAGGACUUAGCCUUACUAGACAAUGAAGAUGAAUUUACUUUAGAACAACACUUGGAAUCAAGCUCAAAAAGCUAUGGUUAUAAUUCACCAAACCUAGAUAAUGGAUAUCCAAGUCUUCUAAUGAAUGCAAUGUAUCAGCAACAAAUGAAUGGAAGUUCACCGCAAGCUCCUUUGUCGCCCCAAGCGUCUAAUUCAUCAAAGUCGACAAAUAGUUCAACGUCGUCCACUGGAAGUAGUAUAUCAAAUAAACAGAAAACUACUGGUAGUGGACCUAGAACGAAGAAACAAUUUAUAUGCAAAUUUUGUAAUCGCCAAUUCACAAAAUCAUACAAUUUACUUAUACACGAAAGGACGCACACCGACGAAAGGCCUUACUCAUGUGACAUCUGCGGAAAAGCUUUCCGACGGCAAGAUCAUCUAAGGGACCACAGAUACAUUCACUCCAAGGAGAAGCCAUUCAAGUGUAUGGAAUGCGGUAAGGGCUUCUGUCAAUCAAGAACAUUAGCCGUCCACAAAAUCUUACACAUGGAAGAAUCCCCUCACAAAUGUCCCGUGUGCAGUAGAAGUUUUAACCAAAGGUCAAACCUGAAAACCCACCUUUUGACGCACACUGACAUAAAGCCAUACAACUGCUCUUCCUGUGGGAAAGUUUUUAGGAGAAACUGUGACUUGAGACGUCAUAGUUUAACUCACAAUCUUGUUGGUGCUUCCUCUGUGAACACCUCGCCUAGUGGAAGCAACGGGAAGAGUCCUCUACUCAAUCCCAACUUUCCUAUUGAUAAUUUAGACGACAAUGACAAUUAGGCAAUAAAUUCAGAGUGAAAAAGUGUACAGUGUUUCAUAAGACUGAUUAAAUUCUUAUAACGAUGCCUUAUAGAUAAACAAAAUGAUUUUACUAUUCAAAUAAGAACUAGUUGCAGCAAAUAUUGUAAUUUAAUGAAACAUUUUAAAUGUUUUUUUUUACUUUAGCUAAAUAUGUUUUAGUUGUAUCGAAAAUGUUUAAAACUUUAUAAGAAAGUUGUCAUAAGUUUUGAUAAUCUUGUUGUAUAAAUUGUUGCAAAAAAAUAUACUUUACUUAGCGCACUGCGUGAGUAUUACAUAUAAUUUUGUGACAUCCCGUUGAAAUUCAUAAUAAACUUUUUCUAUUGUUAUUUUGUUGUUUGAAAUUAAAAAUAAAGUGAAGUUUGAAGUAAAAGAAGGAAUAUAUGUAUGUUACAGAAAUUGCCUAAAAAAUCAUUGAUUCUGUAAAAUAAAAGAUUGCUCCUCAUUGACAUAAAAGAAUAUGACAAAGACAUGUUUUUAGAAGCGUAGACCAUUAUAAUAUGGUGGUAUAGCCAUAAUUGUUAUAUAAAGUUUUAUCUGUUAUCGGUUACACUGACUUUAUUCUUGAAUGUAUUUUUUUUUGUGUUUGUAUCUAUUUUUAUUGUACACUUACAAAUACCGGUUAAACAACUUACACCUGACCCACUCCUUUAUAUUAGCAUUAUUUAAUUUAAGUUUCUUCUUAAACUUUGUACAUUAUCUGAUCUCAUUUUUGUAUGUGAAUAAAAACUAUUUUAGUCAAUUUGUCACAGCCGUCCAAUUAUUUUGAUAAGCUGUAUAUAUACCUAUAGCAAAAGGUAAUAUUUUUAAGAAUAUGUGUA